GCCAACGGAUUCAGUCUCCAAACCUCGCAGUGGUUUCCAUUUCCUCUCUCUCUCUCUUCUUUAAAACCUAACCUUCAUCUUCUCCGUUUCUCUGCAACUCGAAUCUCUCUUCCAUGGAUUCCUCAAAUCUCACCACCACGAGAAAUCCGUGCUUCCUCCAUGACGACGACGACGACGAUGUCGUCGGACUCUCUCCAUUGCCGGCCGAUAUGGAACCUGUAAUCGCCGCACAUCCUUUCUUCUCCAGAAGCUUCCGCUCUCUCUACCUCGCUUCUGCCGGUUCUAGAUCUUCCCGCUUUGACGAUCCUCAACCUCAUUUCUUGGAUUCCUGUUUCCUUUGCCGGAAACGUCUCGGGAAUAACACCGAUAUCUUCAUGUACAGAGGAGAUACGCCAUUCUGUAGCGAAGAAUGCAGACAAGAACAAAUAGAAAUAGACGAAGCAAAAGAGAAGAAAUGGAGAAGAUCGUCAUCAUCUGCCAUGAAAGCUCUGAGAAAAAAGGAUCAACAAAGAAGAAGAUCCACUUCACCCAACAAGUCCUCUCCUCCGUCGGACUACCCUCUCUACACCGGCACCGUCGCCGCCGCCUAGAUUUAACACACACACAAAACUCAAAAACUUAAAACCAACAGAAGGGGAAGAGAUUGAGAUUAACCCUUUUUUUUUUGGUUCCCUUUUCUUGGGGAUUUUAUAUUUUUUUCACUCUCUGCAUAUAAUAUACAUAUGGAGUUAGGGAAGAAAGCGGUUGAAUCUGUAACUAAGCUAUGGAUUCUGCUCUUCUUGUUCUUGUUGUUCUUGUUGUUCUUGAGUCCGGCUGUUCCUGCCCAGAUCUUCUGGGCUUUUAAUUUUGAGAAAUAUUGGAGAAAUAACAAUCUGAAUUUACUGUAA